AUGGAGCCGCAUCACAACCAAGAGCUCCAUCGUGCCCUCAAAGCCCGUCAUAUUACUAUGAUUGCCAUUGGUGGUGCUAUUGGAACUGGUUUGAUUAUUGGUACUGGUGAAGCUCUUGCAAAAGCCGGACCCGCUUCGAUUUUAAUCUCCUACUCUUUCGUCGGAUUCAUUGUUUACUUGGUCAUGUGUGGCUUGGGUGAGAUGGCUAGUUGGCUGCCGCUGUCCUCUGGUUUCACUGGUUAUGCUGUUCGAUUCUGUGACCCGGCACUGGGAUUCGCCAUGGGCUGGACUUAUUGGUUCAAGUAUAUUAUUGUCACGCCAAAUCAGUUAACAGCUGGCGCGCUGGUCAUAUCAUAUUGGGUUGAUACAGAACGAGUCAAUGCAGGUGUUUGGAUUACAAUAUUCCUGGUGUUGAUCGUCUGUAUCAACUACUUCGGUGUCCAAUUCUUCGGUGAAUUCGAAUUCUGGCUGUCCUCCUUCAAAGUCAUCGUCAUUAUCGGCUUGAUCUUGCUGUCCUUCAUCCUCAUGCUGGGUGGUGGCCCUGACCACGACCGCAAGGGAUUCCGGUAUUGGAAGGAACCCGGUGCCUUCGCCUCCUAUAUCGAUGAUGACCACCCUGUCGGCAAAUUCUACGCAUUCUGGGCUACCAUGGUCUCAGCCACCUUCGCUUAUCUGGGAACGGAGUUGGUCGGUGUAACCGUCGGCGAGGCCCAGAACCCCCGCAAGACAAUUCCCCGUGCCAUCAAGUUGACCUUCUUCCGGAUCAUCUUCUUCUACGUUCUGAGUGUUCUGCUCGUCGGUACCCUGGUCCCGUACAACUCUCCAGAGCUGGUCUUCGCCACCAAUCAGUCCAGCUCAGCAGCAGCCUCGCCGUUUGUGGUUGCUAUCGUGCUUGCAGGCAUUCCCAUUCUCCCACACAUUCUCAACGCCUGUAUUUUGUUGUUUGUGUUUUCGGCGGCCAAUUCCGACCUCUACAUCGCAACCCGAACAAUCUACGGUCUCGCUCGCGAGGGCAAGGCGCCUGCGGUGUUCGCUCGGACUGACCGACGUGGUGUUCCGUACGUUGCUCUGAUAGUAAGUGCGCUCAUUGCCUGUCUUGCGUACAUGAACGUGUCGAGCGACUCGAAGGAAGUAUUCGGCUACUUUGUGGAUUUGGUCACCAUUUUCGGCCUGUUGACCUGGAUAUCCCUGCUGGUGACACAUAUCUACUUUGUGCGCGCGCGCAAGGCCCAGGGCGUUCCCGACAGUGAUUUGGCCUACAAGGCUCCCCUGGGAGUCCCCGGUUCCUACGGUGCGCUGGUGUUUUGCAUUCUUAUCUCGCUUACGAAGAGUUAUGACGUCUUCGUACACAGCCCCAAGUACGGUAACUUUGACUACAAGUCUUUCAUCACCGCAUACUUGGGAAUUCCGCUAUAUCUGAUCAUGAUCUUUGGCUACAAGCUCAUCACCCGGUGCAAGGGUGUUGACCCGCACGAGGCUGAUCUCUGGACGGGCAAAGACGAAAUCGACCGGGAAGAGGCCGAGUAUGUGGCGCGCAAGGAAGCAGAGGAGGGAAACCAUGCGGGCGCAAGCUGGUUCUACCGGACGUUUGUAUCCUGGCUGUUCUAG